GUCAGAUUGUUAUCUGCUUGUUCUUUCAGUUGACACUUCUGGGUCACGUCUGGCGGGCCAUGGUGAAGUGGAACCGCCCCAUCCCACCAAGAGAGUCAUCAAGCCAGACCUAAAUCUGUUGCUGAAUAACAGCUUCGAGCUGUACAGCAUUAUUUCUCUGAUAUAUCUUCCUUCAGCUGCCAGAGAUGCUUUCCUCCAUGACAGCAGCAGCCAUCGCCCCACAAAACUGCAGCGAAGACACACCAUCAUGGUGUGUGACUCUUCAAUGGAUGGCAAGCUAGUGCCUCCAGAAUUACCACCAUUAGAAGAGGAAGAGGAACCAUCUCCAGUGAGAGAGAGCCACCUCUUUUCCAGUGACUCCGCCUCCAGGCAAGCUCAUGGUCUCUCCGUGUUGUCCAGGACAUCCUUUUCUGAUCUUGACCUGUCUAACCAAGUGAUUCUGAGAUAUCCUCCGGGUCAUCCAAGGAGGUAUUCCUUAGAGCAUCGCAGAUCCCUGACCUCACUGAACACUGGAUUGUGUGCUAUACCAGAGAUGGAGGAUGGUCAAGGAGGGACUUGUUCGCCUACAAAGUCCUCAAGUGCUGUACUCAGAUCAUGGAGUCAUGAACAAGCCCCACCUCCAAAUCCUUCACCUCCUUGCAAAGGAAAGGCAAGGGCGGCUCUUGGGCUAAGUUUAGCAGGUAUGAAACCUGUAGGAGGGCCAUACCAUCCUGGGGCACACAGACCUUCAUGGUUUUGUGCCCUCAACAAUCACAUCUUACAGUCCAUCUACCAGACAGACUACAUCCUCUGGCAUAGCAACAGACUCAGACGAUAUUCAAAACGCUGGCAAAGCCCCGUGGAAUGUCUGAGUUUAACGCUGGAAGAGGUGACUCACAUCAGAUCUGUCCUCACCAAAGCAGAGUUAGAGUCCUUGAUAUCCCAUCCAGAUCUCUAUCAGCAGGUGUCCAAAAGCAAGCUGUGCUUCACAUGUAAAACAACCAGGUUUUCCCUCUUUGGGGAGUGGGGCACCAAGUGCAAGUUCUGCAAACGAACAGUCUGCUCCAAGUGUUUGAGGAAGAUGAAUGUUCCUGAUGACCAGUUUAAGCAUAUCCCUGUCUACACACUGUCCGCCUCACCUCUCACACCAGAGAUGCAGGAGGUGGUUCACACCUUAACCAGAGCUUCGCCUGCCCCUCCAAUCCAGCUGGCUGCAGGAAGCAACCUUGACAGAAACCAGACCUUAUCAGAGCAGAGACAACUCCCAGGUCACAGAGCACAGCCAGCAGAAUUAGUGCCACCCUCAAAGGAUGAUGCCAAGCCCUCUAAAGGGUUCUUCACUCGGUCCAAACCUCUCCAGAGGUCUCAGUCUCUCUGUGUUCCGGGUCAGAAGCCAGCUCCUGAACUAGCUCAGACACCCAGAGGACCCGCCAUGGCCAUCUGCUGCGAUUGUAAAGGCAUGGUCAAGGAAAUUAUCCGAGCUACCCAAGCAUCUUUAGCGGUGCUGUCUUCACCAGGUUCUUCAGUGCCGGCUCCUACUUCCAGCAUUCAUUCCACACCCACACGUGUCAACCCCACAAGCAAUAGUCAUUAA